UUCACGCUUAACGCUGAACUCUAAUAAGAAAUCCAUGCAUGCCUUCAUUUUGGUCACUGUUGCACCGCCACCGGAACUUCGCGGUAGGACAUUGAAAUUCGGCCUUGGCUCGCUUUCAUCUUUCCUAAUUACAUAUAUUAAGUGUCCAUUCCCGACUGUUUUAGUAGACCCCAACACUAUAAUCCCAUUUGCAAAACCCCUUCCAUAUAUAUACAGUGGAAAUAUCCAAAUCACUGUUCCAUACCCAGGUUCCCAGGUGUUUUUACCAUACGGCUUCGGCCCAGCUCCAGUCCUCACCGAUGCCCCAGUUUUUUACUUUGACAUUGAUAACUGCUUGUACGAUCUCUCACUCGGAGUUCAUGGUUUAACUCAGGUCCUUAUCCAUAAAUACUUUAAGGAGAGAUUGAAUUUGUCUGACACCGAAGCUCAUAACUUGCACAUGGCCUACUAUAAGACAUACGGUCUCGCCGUUGAAGGUUUGGUAAGAAAUAACCAGGUUGACGCAUUGGAAUACAAUGCCAAGGUUGACGACGCCUUGGCCUUGCACGGACUUAUCACCCCAAAUCUUAAGUUGAGAGCUAUGUUGCAAGCUCUUAAGGAAUCAGGAAGCUGCCGCAUGUGGUUAUUAACCAACGCAUACAAGAACCACGCUUUGAGAUGCAUUUCUCUCUUGGGGUUAGGUGACUUGUUUGAAGGCUUGACCUUCUGUGACUAUUCCCAAACGCCAAUUGUCUGCAAGCCAAUGACAGGCUACUUCACGAAUGCGUUUGCGAAGUCUGGGUUGAAGGCAACUGAGGAAACUUUGGCAAACACUUAUUUUGUGGACGACUCGGCUUUAAACUGCAAGGCUGGUGUGGACUUGGGUAUGGGCCAUGUAGUGCACUACAUCGAAAGAGAUGCGGAUUAUGAGAAGGUGAUCAACAGCGAUGAUUACACAAAGUACUACAAGGCUGGUGGCAGAACUAACGGGAUCAAGAUCGUCAGAAACAUUCUCGAAAUUGAAACCGUUUGCUCUGAGCUUUUCUAAUUGAAGCAGAGUAGAUUGGCUUGUAAAAUGCAUGCGACGUAAAUUUUAGAUAUUAAUAAAUGAAUAUUCGAAAAUCCGGGCGAAAUGAUAUAAAGGGCAGCUCA